CGGGACUCGAACCCUCACCUCUGCGCUAUGGCGGGGGGGCGGAGCUUCUGCCUAACUGUCGCCUUGGGCAGCCACUCAACGGCUGCCGGGGGCGGGGCGCCGCCGUGACGAGGCGCCGGGUUGGCAGGAGGCUCGGCGGGUGACCAUGGAGUGUGGAGAUCAGAGGCGGCCUCCAUGCUGAACGUUACUGGUGUCAAUAGCGACCGAUGUCCGCUGGUGCCCGGUAGCGCCCCGGUCCCCAGGCCCCUAUGAAUCCAUCGCUGCCGCGCUCUGCUUCGCCCCAGAAACUUGGCCCCAGCCUUGAGAACAGCACCAUUCAGAAACAGAGGCAAGAGCUCCAGGUUUUAAUUGCAGAACUGAAAGAUCGAGAUCAGGAACUCAAUGACAUGGUGGCGGUGCAUCAGAGACAGCUGCUGGCCUGGGAGGAUGAUCGGCAAAAGGUCCUGACUUUAGCGGAACGAUGCAGCUUAUUGAACCAUGAGCUGAACAAGAGAAAUGAAAUUAUAAAAUCACUGACCAAAAGGAUAAAGUUCUUAGAAUCUCAACAGAAUGACAGUAAGACAACAUUUGAAAAUACACAACAGAAGUUUAAAGAGCUGUCUCAAAAAGCGACAGAUGCAACGAUUCACUGUCAGGCCCUGGAGGAGAAAAAUCAAAGUCUCCACUGCUCGGUUUUGGAACUGUCUCUAAAAGCAGGGCAGCUGCAAGCGAGAGAACAGGAGCUUCUUACUAUGCUGAAGCUGAAGGAUGAGGCCAUACUUGAAACAACUGAUUACAUUACUGAGUUUACAUCCAAAUUCAAAAAGCUGGAAAGCGCAUUGCGUGCCGCAAAGACAGAGGAAUUCAGCCUCAACAAAGAAAAGCAAGACCUCAAACUGAGACUGAAAGAACUAAUACUUGAAACAAAUAAGCUGAAAGGUGAUCUCUGUGAAAAGGUGAAAGAGAACAAUAAGCAGCGGGAAGAAAUCAUUCACCUCCAACAAGAAAAUGGCUCUUUGAGGAAUGAGCUCACGCUUUUUGUUGAGAAAGCAAAGAGAAAGGAUCAGCUUCUUCAGCUGGCCAAGUCUAAGCAGGCACGGACUGACACAGAACUAUCGAUCUUGCGACAGAUCUAUGCCAAACAGCAGCGUGACUUGCAGUUUCUUCAUGUCCAUUUAGAGAGCUCUCAGGAAUUAACGCAAAAACAUGAAAAGGCGGCACGUGACAGCAGCGUGGCUGUGACAUUCUCUGCCCCCGACAGUAACAGCGAGACAGAGCCGGUUAGGACUGAGGGCACCCACGGGAUAUGCGAGGAGUGUGGAACUGCACCAGUUCCAAAAAGUAGGGUAAAAACCACCUCAGAGAUGUGUGAAGUAGAUAAUAGACCGGUACUGAAUGCAUCAGACGUGGAGGAAACUACCUCAGCGUGCUUAAACCAGCGUCAGAAGGUUGUGAAAGUCUUGGCUGUGCUUACGGAAGAAGAAAAGCAGGAUGUUGCAUCAAGCUCUGAUGAGCCAGGCAGUGAAGUAUUUUGUGAGGCAAACAACACAAGGCCAUUGAGAAACAGGGACAUUUGUGAGCAUGGGGUGGAAAACAGAGACCAGCGAAGCUUUGAGUCACCUUUGCCUCAAUGUGAGCAUGGGCUUAACGUCGGUUCUUGUGUAGAUUCGCAAAGUACUUCGAUCCAGAACACCCUCAUGUUUGACAAAACCGAUAAUGGAAAUAAAACCCGGGAAGAGAGAACUGGAAUUCUGUUCGGCCACAAAAGCCGAGAGUCUCCCGCUGCCGUUCACAAGGCUGAACUAGAUUCCUGUAGUAAUAACUUCACCAUAAAAAAAGAUGCCCGAUGGACGCCAAUAUCGGAUCCGGAAUGGCUGAAGAUUUUCAAACCCAUAAAAGGAGGUGGAAGUGUACAGCACGGAAAAGAUUGCAGCUGUCUCAGGACCGCACAAGACAUGAAAUGUGCCAGCUCAAAAAGUGAGGAAAACGUGGAUCUGAGUUCUUUCCACUUGGAUUCUCCCUGUUUGACGUCCACCCAGAAGGGAGACAGGCCGCUCAGAUGCAAGAAAUUCUCGGGUGAAGACUUUCCUCUGGAGAUCAAUGAUCUGUCGGUGAUUAAGCCAACAAACAGACCCUGCAGCACUGCUGUGGAACAAGACACCGGUUCCCCGGUGAGGAAGCUGCAGCACGCGUUGGCCGAGUCUCGACAGAUGGUCGCUGAUCUGGAGCUUAGCGCUCUCCUCCACACCAGCCCUCGCCGCAGCCCCAACAGCAGCAGCAUUAAUACGUGUUUUUGGGUUACAAUAUAGACAGCAGAACUUGCAGAAGCUCUUCACAGAACCCAGUUAUCUGCUGCGGAAGAAAGAGAUGUUAAACUUCCAUUCUUUUCUCUAUGACAUCCAUGGACGGAGAAGUUUCCAACAUAGAAUGAAUUCUGAGAACUGAAGAUCAUCAGCCCGUCAGCUACACUGGAAAGUCACCGAAUGUUUUUCCAUGGUUCUCUGAGCGUUUGAAAGACUCACAAGUGGCAAAAAGAUGUGACCGUGCGGGCAUAUAUUUUAUCUUGCAAUAAAACAUAGAAUUAUGCCAAGAUUAACAAAACUAUUUUUAUAGCUGAGCUCAGGUUAAACACUAGCUUGUUUUUUAAGAACCUUAAAUGUGUGAUUGUUAUGACAUAGGAACUAUUUUUCUUACCUUUUUUUUUUUUAUGGUGGCUCAGAAAUAUUUAUAGAGCAUGACACAGCCAAGCAUUCUCUUUUUUUUUAGUUGAUUGUUUUUGUUCUGGACUUCUUGCCAUGUAGAGAGAGAUGAAUAAUGUUUGUAGGAAGUUCCCAAUUAGUGUGGUAAGCAGGAACUGCCUCCUACGUUGUUGAAAUUGGAAAGCUGGCACCCACAAGACAGGGAAAACAACAUUUCCACAGUCAGGAGCGAGUUAUUCUGAACAGUUCUAAUGAGAUCAGGUGAGUCCGUGGGCUCCGUCAGCACCGAGCACAACAUCACCGACUUUUUAGCAUUUAAACUGUUUUUAUCUCUGAUUAUUGGGCAAGAUGUUUUCCGUUAUCACUAUUCGAACUUUUUAAUUAAAAGAUCAAGUUAGUUAAUAAAGGUGAUACCUUUGCUGUA